CGUUUUGUACCCGUUGGAGAGAACACAUCAGCGCUCGAUCACAUCGCAACCUUCCUCGUCCAGGCUGGUCUCUCAAGGCGGCCCUGUCGACUCACUGAUGGCUUCAUUUCAAGAGGACCCCGAAGACUUUGUUGGAUAUCUUCCAAGUAAAGCUCUUAAGUUAGAAGAACCCACAAAUUCAGAGAAAAAUAAUUUUACACAGAGGGACAGUCAAGUCAGGGAAGAACAAUUGCUGGGGGAAACUGAUCACGAAACAAUUCUUAACACCCUUCUUCAAAACCCCAUAGAACUGAACUUAAAAGAGAAGCCUUCAGCCAUAAGGGAAAACAAACUUUUCACCCUAGACAUGAGGGAAAUCCCCAUAUCCUCAGUGGAAGCAGAAGAUAAUGGUGCAUAUAUAUCAAAAGGUAAUGCCAAGAGACUAUUCCAGUACAAUAGCAAAGGUUCCCGCACUGUUCACAAAAAUGAGAACGGAGCAUUUUAUGCAAACGUCAAAACCUCUAAAGGCUACAGAAAGGAGUAUAUCCCUGAAAGUGAAGUUUAUGAACUGACGAGGUAUUACAAGACCAGCAAGUUCAAUCCCCAGUUUUCACGUACAAUUGCCACCGUCAAGGCCAUAACAGAUAAGGAACUCAAACCAUUUUACCUUGUUCUGUACAAAUGGGCAAGAGGAGAAAGUAAAGAAUUCUUUCUUCCGCGCCAUGGGAACGCCAAAAAGCCGACUUCAUCAGCAUAUUUUCGCAAAGACCCUUGCACAUCUACAGCCAUAGAUAACUUGUUGGAUGAGGGUAUGCCUACAGAUACAGUUUAUAAUACCUUGAUCAAUGAAAAGACAACCACCGUCAGCGAGACAAUACCAGGCCCAAAGAUGUUUGAGAAUAGAAAAUACAAGAAUAUGAAGGCCACAUCAACCAAGACCACACUGAAGCGUAAUGAAGCGGAAACACUGAUAACAAGUUUGCACACUCUGCCUCUCAACAGCAGUGUUACCUUCACAAAAGAACAAUAUAUCUCAGUCAACUCGUCUCCCAACAUGCUGAAUGACAUACAUCGAUUCUGCGUUCUUGGAAACAGUAUACUGAGAAUCGAUACCAAUUUUGAGUUGGUCGAUGGCCUAUGGCUAACAGAUACUACAUACACGAACGAGUCCUUAAUCGACCAGAGCAACAAGCAUCCUGAAUUCCCCGGUCCAAGCUUCUGGCAUUUCAAGAAGAGUCGAGAGAGUUAUCGAAGAUUCGCUGGUGAACUCAUCAUUGCUAAACCAGAAUUGUUAGGAAUAAAGAAGAUUGGCCAUGAUCUUGACAAAGCUAUUGCUGGUGGUAUGACUGACAUCUUGAAGGAUGCAGACAAUGUUUGGUGUACGCAGCAUAGUCAGGAACGUGACGCCCUCAAACUUAAAUCCCUUGGCGCAAAUGAAAGAUCAAGGAACAGAAUCAUGACUGACAUCUAUGGGUCCCAGGAUGAUGUCCUACUACACAAUGGCUUGGCAGACACAGAUGACCCAGAGGACUUCCAAAUUAAAUUGGCACGUUUGGAGACUGUCUGGGAGAGCUUGGUGCCGGGGUUCCACCGAUGGUUUACAAAGCAUAGGUCGGAACAAUUCAAGACUUGUCUUGUCCUAUCUGCCCGUCAGAAUCUGGGUAUAACUGGUAGGUUCUACACCAAUGGUUUAGAACUCAAACACCGACUUCAGAAAAAACGUCUUCGAGAAGAUGAGAUUCCAGAGGAGGUCGCCAAUGUCACAUCAAUGCUGGAGAAGUGGACAACGGAAUUCUACCUUGAGGAAGAAAGGGCUGUUUGUGGUUUGGGAAAGUAUAGGCUUUCUCUUGGGUACGAACAGUUUCAAGUCGAUCCAGUGAAGUGGAACAGGUGGAGCCUAGAAAGGCAAGCUCAACACCUAUCAGCAUUGCGUAACUUCACACCGAAGUCAUAUGACAUGUAUAAGAAACCCAUGGUUACUGGAAUUAAGUCAUCUCCACAGAGUAAAAGAAGGAGAGUCCAACCAGAAAUCUUCACCGACAGAGUUGAAGUUGGUGAUGACACACCUCAAGCAGUCACCCCUAUUCGAAUCACAAAGAGUGAUGACAAGACAAAGUGGCAGGUAGAGAAAAGUACAAAUGCAGCUACUGAAGCAAUGAACUUCCUUGACCCUGACAGGAUAUCGGGAAAUCAGUACGAGCUUGUAAGCAGAGAUGAUGAAAAGCUUUGCCCCAAAAGUGUCCAACGCUGUGAGCAAUGCAGGGUGGCUUUUCAUCAGGCGGAUAAGGUUGUCGUCAAAAGUGUUAGAGUGCGGGAACGCACUGAUAAGUCAGGAAAGACAGUCAAAUAUACCGGUAAUCUUUACCUGCAUUUUCUAACCAAAUGCCUCUCUGAAUAUGACCAGAAAUUCGCCUUUUCUGCUAUAACGGUCCCCACACGCACCCUUACAUUUCUACCUGAAGGAGGAAGGGCAAUACUAGAGGCCAAGGGGUUGUAUGUGGAGAAGUAACUCGCGUGUGCACCUCAAGCAUUUUUCAGUAAGAAAUUAUUUACAAAUCAUUUCAUUAAGCUGUUUCAGUUAAACAUUUUGUAAAAGAAAAAACAAUGUUAUUACCCUUAACAUUGGGACAAGCUACUUGGCAUUAUCAAUUUUAUCUUCUUCAUAUUCGGGGGUUCGCUAGAGAAAAAAAGAGUUUAUGGUAUUUGUUUAAGAAAGACAUUGAAUUACUACAAGGAUGUGUUAGUAAGUUUUGUUCAAUUUUUGCAGCCACACAAUGUCGUAAUCUUGACAUGAAAUGAAAUAAAUGUGAAAAACACCAAAUUUUCCCUUUAGAGUUGUUGCUAUUUUCCAAAAGUUUUUAACAAAUGAGUACAUAUAUAGUGAAACUUAGAAUGAAGCAACGGUUCCAUGCCAAUCAUGCUCGGGGUAUUUAGGUUGAUGAAGAUAUUUACUUGU